AUGAGAGAGAAAAGCAAAGUUUCAAGAAAAAGGAAAGAAAAGCUCUUGAAUGAAGCUGCUAAGAAAGGCCACACCAAAUCUAAUACACAAUUCAUACCAAAUCUUCCCCACAAUGGAGACCCAUACCGCAAAUUUCCAUUACUACGAGGUUAUGAAAAAGAUGAUUAUAAAUCUGCCAAAGUACUUCUGCCUGGCUAUGACACUAAGCCUCAGCGUUGGGCAAAAGAUAUAUUUGUGUAUGUCAGUUCUGAUAUAAUCAUUUUUCUAAUUCCUAUCUUCCAGGCACAGUUGGUUGAUUUGAAGUCUGAACUGACAGAAACCCAGGCAGAGAAAGCAGUAUUGGAAAAGGAAGUCCAUGAUCAGCUUUUGCAGCUUCAUGCUGUCCAACUUCAGCUGCAUGCCAAAACUGGUCAGAAUGUGGAUUCAGGGGCUAUUAAGGCAAAGCUGGAGAGAGAACUUGAAGCUAACAAGAAGGAAAAAGUGAAGGAAGCUCAGUUGGAAGCUGAGGUGAAAUUGCUGAGGAAGGAGAAUGAAGCUCUUCGUCGACACAUUGCUGUUCUUCAGGCUGAGGUUUAUGGAGCAAGAUUGGCAGCCAAGUACUUAGAUAAGGAACUGGCUGGAAGAGUUCAACAGAUUCAGUUACUGGGUCGCGAUAUGAAGGGACCUGCUCAUGACAAGCUCUGGAAUCAGCUUGAAGCAGAAAUACACCUUCAUCGUCACAAAACUGUUAUUAGAGCUUGUCGAGGUAGGAAUGAUCUAAAACGACCAAUGCAAGCACCACCAGGACAUGAUCCAGAUGCCUUAAAGAAGAGUCAAGGCGUUGGUCCAAUCAGAAAAGUUUUGCUAGUUAAAGAAGACCAUGAGGGACUAGGAAUUUCAAUCACAGGUGGGAAGGAGCAUGGUGUUCCAAUACUGAUCUCUGAAAUCCAUCCUGGGCAACCUGCUGAUCGAUGUGGAGGACUACAUGUUGGUGAUGCUAUUCUGGCAGUAAAUGGAGUUAAUCUAAGAGAUGCAAAACAUAAAGAAGCUGUAACUAUCCUCUCCCAACAGAGAGGCGAGAUUGAAUUUGAAGUAGUGUAUGUUGCUCCAGAAGUUGAUUCAGAUGAUGAAAACGUAGAAUAUGAGGAUGAGAGUGGACAUCGUUAUCGUUUAUAUCUUGAUGAAUUGGAAGAAGGGGCAAAUUCAGGUUCUAAUAGGAAAGAAGUAAAUGUGGAUGUCAAACCCUCACAAGUGUUUGAUAAGAAACCAAGUAUUGAUGGACAUGAAAAUGGAGAGCUGGGAAAUUCAGUUGAAGCUUCAUUAGAAGAUGCUGCACCCAAAUUAACCCGUUCUGCUGAGUCUUUAUCCUAAAGAAACAAAGAAAGAAACAAACAAAAACAACUGGACAGAUCCCAUCUUUGGGAACAAUUGAUAAUCAAUAUUGACUGCUCCGAGUUUGCGUAUACAAAUGUAGAUUGUAAAAUGGUAAUUAAAAGUCAAAGGGAACUGUUACUGUUGCCUGGAAAAAAGGCAGUUACCUCAGGGCUUCAUUGUGAGCAAUUCUAAGUGUGGAAAAUUGUCUUUUGCUUGACACAGAAUGGCUACUUAACACAUAGCAUGUGAAAUUAAUUUCCUUUUAAUAAUAAGCACCAAAGCAUGGGAUUUCUAAAAAAGAUAACCUCAAUACCUUCAGCUUUUAAUUCUUUCAUAUCCCUAAGGAAGGAAAAUAAGAUGUGACCAGCUUUAUUUUCACCCCUUGAUAUUUUAAAGGGACAACCAGUGUUCAGUUUGUUGCAAAACAAGCUUUGACUCUGGAAGGUGAAGGGGAAUUGUAUUUUUGCAUACCUGAAUUUUCCACUUGGCAUUUUUGAUUUGUAACUUUCAAAAAUAAUGUGGGGUUUUUUUUGUUUUGUUUUUGUUUUGUUUUGUUUUCUCAGAAUAGCAAAACUUUCUUACUUAAGCAAGACCAUCAAAACCCAAAUUCAGCAAUGGAGUACUUGUUAGUUAUGACCCAUGACAAUUUUAUGGGUGAGCUUUUUGAUAUUAUUCUUUUAAUUAAUUCACUGCUAAUUGUUCCAUAUGAAAAUUGCUCCGAGCAUAUUUAAACAGGGUAUUAUGGGGUUUUACAAACAAAAAUUAGUUUAAAAAGACAUCCACAGUUAUAUGUGCCCUUUGGUAUUCUUUUCUGAACAUCAUCAGUUCAGUGUGCUUUCUUGAAUGGAUGUGGUUAUACCCGUGUGGAGUUGUCUGAGUUGGUCAUUAUUAGCUUGAACUUAUGAAAUGCUGAGUACUCUCAAUAGGUACUGAACGUAUUUCAGAUCAAAAUAAUCUUUAAAGAAGUGAAAAUAAAGUGCAUAGUACUUUAUAGGAGGUGCUCAGAAUUCUACAGUGUCUGGCCCUAUCUGUUACUUUUGGGCAAUUGUAUUAACCUGUAAUUUUCUUACUGUUGAAAGAGAAAAGAUAUUGUUUUUGUAACAGCAGUGUAUCUGAAACUUGCUUUUAAUUGGUGUACAUCUAAAAGCCCAUGGCACGGUUGCAGAUGGAAAUGUUGAGGGUGGCUUCUUGGCCAGUUUCUUAUAUAACUGUAGAUAUACAAGAACUGACCUUGUAGAUCUUUAGGUGAAAUGCAACUUUUUUUCCAUACACAAACUCUCUUUGUAAUCACAUUUAUUAUUUCACCCUGCUAAGAUAGCUUUCCUAUUGACUGCUUUGCAGGCUGUUGGACUGUAAUGUGAAAAGAUUUUAUUAUGUGACAGUGGAACUAAUGUGAAAAGACAUUUUUGCAAGUGUUAAUGGGUAGGAUAUUACAUACCUAAAAAGAAACCUGGAUGGCCUUUAGAGUAACAUCAAUUAAUUUUACCUUCAAAAUUGUGAUGUAGAACACAGUUGCUUGUUUCUCCUAGGAGCACUAUAUAUAUGUUAAUAGAAAAAUCCUAAAAAUGUAUAUACUUUAUUCAAAGAUUUUUCUAUUUAUAAAUCCCUUAACUUUGCUAUUUACAAGAUUGUUUUGUGUGUGUGCUUUUACGCAUGAGUUCCAUUCACUCAGUGGGGUUAUUUGGUUCAUUUUUUGUAAUAGCCCUUCUCACAUGGCAUACUGUUUGAAGGCUUUUAGAAUAGUCAAAGUUGUACAGUUUUCACCACACAGGCACUAGUAUUUAAAAAUGAAUCUGUGUAAAGAAGAAACAGGUCACCAGACAUAUUUCUUGUUCUGGUGCAUCAGAAAUUACAGGCAUGUUGGGUACAAAUUAGCAGAUAAAUCUACUGCUAUAACUUCAUGUUCAGAUUGCUGUGGGGUUUUUUUAAUUAUUUUUUUAAUUAUUAUUAUUAUUUCUUUUUCCUCACAGUUAGUAAAGUAGAAUGCAGUCUGAAAUGGUCAGUGGCCUAGAACACUCUAUGCUCUCUGGUAGAGAGUGUAAUUUAAAGCCAAGUAAUAAUUUUACUGUCUUUGAAAAUCAUAGUGGUAUAAAAUUUUGCUGCAGUUGUAAGAAGUAAGGCUGGCCCAACUAGUCUAAUAGCUUUCUAAAAGCACUGAAUUUGCCUGCACAUUUUCCCUGUAUCUGAGGGAAAGAUUAAAUUUUUUAUUUAUUUGCUCCUCCUUACUUUCUGGCGUAGCUCAUUUUCCAUUUAAUCCAUUGAUCCAUUCCAGCCUGAGGUGGGAGAAUAUUUCUGGAGUUAUUUUCCUGACAUUCCUUGUCCACCUGUUAUGAUGCUGUAUACUUUUCUUUAUCAUCUGGAAGUUGCUGGACCCUUUCUCUGUUAUUUUGUCUAUUUUUAAUCUACGUAUGAGAUCAACAGAAGGCAAAUGGCUGAGGAGAAUGACUAAGAGCAGACAAAUCAGGUAUCAGUAAAUCAUCACUGUGUUUCUUUCCCUGCAGUUUUUAUAAUCUUUGUUUAGAAAGCCCUGAAUGGGAGGAAUUUGCACAGACACUACAGCGUGGCUGUACUCCAUACUUAGUACCAGCUGAUCUAACAUACUUGUGUGCUGUAGUCAUACUGAUAUGCUUUGAGAUUAAUAUUUAAAUUGAGAAAAGGUUUGCAAGUUGAGAUUUCCAGAUUCAGUAGACAAAUGUAUAUUUUUCCUUUGUCAGUAACUGGAAGACUCAGUCCUGCUGAUCCCCAGAGGUUGAAAGAAAUAGACUUGGAAGAAUUUCCGAGGAAAAGCAGUAUUCAGACUUCAUUUUUAUUUUUAAAGUGUAAAACCGUUUACUGGCAUGUAUAUAUAUUUUUACUUCAAGAAUAAAAUAGUAUUCUAAAGAAAACUGCAUUUUUUUCUAGUAGAUAAUUUCUUGCCUAUUAAAAAAAAAACAACAAACAAACUUCAUUGAGACAACUGUAUUUUAAGUUAAAGGUAGACAGUGCUUGUUGGCAUCUGGGACCAGUGUUAAUUAAGAGCAUGUUAGUUAAGGAAAGUGCUAAAUGGCAAUAAAUUUAACUCUGAUUAAAGAUUAUGUAGUGUUUCCUUUGUAGAAGUGUGUUUGUGGCAGUGAAGAUGGUUUGUAUCCACCUCAGUAUAUGUUAAUCUACCGUUAUAUCAAAUGAAAUCCAAGUAUUUAUUGUAUGUGUCCAAAUAUCUAUAGUCAUUCCUAUAGGAGGUAUAACAUUUAACAACAAAUGUAUCAUAUCUAGUUAAACCGAAUAUAUUUUUAUUAGCCUGUAAAUACUCUUCUGUACUUCAGUGAUUUCUGUACCUAAUUCAGACUGAUAUUUCAUUUUCUUCUGUUUUUUAUAUAUAAAAUAUAGAUGCCUA